GUCCUUGGCUGGCUAACCCGGAAAUAUCAGUUGAGUCCAUGAAAUGCUGAAUGUGUCAUUAAGACAAACAGAGGGAUUUUUCUGAAUGGCACAAAUCCAAUGGCUGCAAUUCAAACAUUCCAGGCCUCAAUCUGAAAUGAAAGAAAUACAACUAGCAGCCAAUUCACACUUCUAUAACAAUAACAAACCACGUCACCCGUAAAUCACUCAGCUGCUUUAUAAGGCGGAUGUGUAUUGCUAAGUGCCUCAUGUGACUGCUGUGAUUUCCGUCACUCUCCCUAGGGGUGUUUUUGAUCUUUUUGAUUAAACUGCUUCAGUGGACAUGAAACGUCAUGCGUAAUGACCCCUGACUUGAGCCCUUUUUGUCUCACACUGUACAGUUCUGCAGGCACCGGUGCUGCUGCGAAAUCUGAGCGAUCACAGUGUUAACGUUAGCAACUCAGUCACUCUUCGCUGCCCCACUCUGGGAAUUCCAUAACCCCAGAUCACAUGGUAUAAGGACCAAAGGAAGCUGCAGCAGGUGUCUGGAAUUAUGCUGUUUCCAGAGGAAGGGACUCUUCACAUCGACCGAAUUACAGUUGAAGGCCAGGGACUUUAUACCUGUGAGGCCACCAAUGAAAGAGGGUCUGUGGAGAGCUCCGCCCACAUUUGGGUUCAAAGUUCACCUGAGUCCCUUUUUCUGGAGAUCCCAACUCUAGCAUGUACAUGCGUGGUGGCCACCCUCUUCUGGCUGCUUCUCACACUGCUGAUUCACAAACUCAAACAGCCAAACUCCACUAAUGGCAAAGCAGAGUACCUGCCAAUCAUCCUGCAUCCAGGGGAGGAGCCUCUGGUUGAGCACUGUGACAGGUUACAGUAUGAUCCCGCCCAAUGGGAGUUUCUACAUGACCGCCUUAAACUAGAUGGCGCUACGCCCAGUGAACACAAGGCUCUGAUGACAGAACUGAAGAUCUUCAAUCAUUUUGGUCAUCACCUUAAUGUGGUCAAUCUUCUUGGUGCAGGUACCAGAACAGGAGGUCUGCAUGUCAUCAUUUCUCUGUAA